AUGGACCUCCAGUCGCCGCCUCUCAAAAAUCAAAUCCUGCCCUCCAGAUGGAUGCGGUCAUCACGGGGUCGCGACUUCCCAUCCCCAGAAGACGACAAGUCCACCAUCCAGAUCACCAUGAGCACCGUCAUCGAUAUGGACGACCACUCGUUGUCGCACUCCGUCUGCCCGAGCCUCAGGAGACCCGUUCGCGCAGUGCAAGGCCUGCUGCACAACAGGUCUUCAAAUUCACCAUCCGCCUACCCCGUCCACAUCCCCUGCUCCCCACCGUGCUUCGUCGAUCCCACCUUUUCUCCCAACAGGCGACCUGAAUGGACCUCCUUCAGCGAGAAGGCGCUUCCCAACAUUCCCGUUCCCGCCCCGCUCCGGCUGUCAGCGCCGCGUCGUGGGCCCGCCCCCGACGUCCCGCGUAGCCCGACGAUCUCCACCGCGUUUACGGAGGUCGACCUCCCUCACACACAGACAGUCGAGUAUCGGGAAGCGGCACAGGCGGCGUGGAAGGAAAUACAGAUGAAUGACCCCGCUUGGCAAUGA